CACUCUUAGUUUCCACAUUUAUAAGAGCAAAUAGAGUUGUACGUACGUACAUAGCAAUGGCGUCCAGAAGUGGAUUGGUUGUGUUCGAGGAUUCGUUUCCGACGAUGUUGGAGAGGUUAGGCGAGGAAGGGUUUAUGAGGGAGUUGUGCAACGGGUUCCGUCUGCUGAGGGACGAGAAGAGAGAGGUGAUCACAUUCGAGAGCUUGAAGAAGAACUCGGCGCUGUUGGGGUUGCAGGGAAUGAGUGAUGAAGAGUUGAGGUGCAUGGUGAGAGAAGGUGACUUAGAUGGAGAUGGGUGUCUGAGUGAGAUGGAGUUUUGUACUCUCAUGUUUAGGUUAAGUCCUGCUUUGAUGCAGACUUCUAAGGAAUUGUUGGAGGAGGCUAUAGUAAGCAGUAGGUGCUGAAAUGUAACCGUGCAAGCUUAAGAAAAUUAGUCAGCAGUGGAUUUAUCCAAGAAGAAAGAGACUGCUCCACUGUGAGUUAUUAUGGAAUUAAGUACUGUAGUUUCUCUUCUUUUA